AUGGUAGGUUAUCCUCCUUCCUACGCGGUUCGGUCGGCGAGGUCCGUUCACGACAUGGCGAGACUAGGCGAUCUGAGUCCCCCUACACCGUCUUUCGAAGGUCUUGCUAGUCAUAGCGAUAGUGAUUCACCAGAGGAAUUGGAUGUCGGGGAUUGUGUAGAGAUCGAUGGUGUCGAGUACAUUAUAGAGAAGUCAGUUGGGUCGGGGUCUUUUGGAACGGUGUGGGAAGCACGGUGUGGGGAUAGACGAGUUGCUAUCAAAGCUACCGACAAGUCCGGAGCGAAAGAGGCUGAAGCCAUGCAAGCGUGGAAGGGUUGUGCCGCCGAUGCUCGGCUGAGCGAGCUCAUUGCGUUUGACCGGCGUCGGAAUUUGUUAGUCCUGAACCUCGUAGAGGAUUCUGUCGCUCUUGAUGAUUGGCUGCGGAGGGUCGACCUUGGUCAGCAAGUUGAUACCGUAGAAGAUGUAAUCAGUGUUUGCACCCGACUGUUAGCGCAGAUGGCCAGAGCUCUGGAAGUCACAUCGAAGUACAUUAUUCAUAGGGAUGUAUGCUCUCAUAAUAUAUUGGUUAAUGUGAAGACUGAGCGUCUUUGCAACAUGCCUAGCUCCGUACUGCGAGCAGCAUCCAUGCGCUACGACGUGGCAAAGGCGCUGAGAAGAGGAAAAAGGCGGCGUAAGCCUGAUGAGGACACCGAAAAAGUCGCCACAUCUAACUCUAAUGGAUCACGGAGACAUGCCGCUGGCCAUGUGCAGGACUCGAGAGUAUCCGAGACCGAUCGAAUUACUGUUGGUGUGGUGAACAGCAGCCACAUCUCAUCGUCCUCUUGUGACCCAAACCAGUCUGAACAGCAAUCAGGAGAGCAAGGCUCUACGUCAGCUUUACCGGUCCAGGGUAACUUGCUGCGAGAGAAACUAUUUUUGGAAGAGGUGAAGGGCGAGCUCCCUAAGGACAUGUCGUAUGCAGUGGAACAAGGGUACCUUCCGUGGACGAACAUUGUGACAGUAGUGCAGAACGCCUUACCGGACAAGCCAGGCUGCAUCGGCAAGUGUUUCAAGCUCACAUUACAGGACUGUAUAAGCGAGUUCCUGAUGUUUGUUACUCAUCUAGCGGCACAGCGAUGCACACGAGAAGGCAGGAGAGUGAUGCUAGCGGAGGACAUCUUGUGGGCGCUGGAUCAGGCUGGCCUGUGUCAGUAUGGUUCGGUACUUCGUGUGUUCUUGGGUAAACUUCGUGGUCACUUGUCGAAGUCGAGAAGAGAUAUGGUGGUCAAGAAUGGCUGUUUGAAGUCCCCGGCCGACUUUCCACCAGUUGAGGAAGAGAAUGGCAGCUCAUUGAUGUUCCCCGUGAUGCCAAUGUCCCCUACGGAGAUGGUGGUUUCGAAGAGCAUCUUGGCCGGGGAUCUACCUUUGGAUAGAAAUGAUCAUCGUGACCAGGAAGAUGCGCAAUCCACAGUGGCCGUCGAGGCGAUCGUUGUGCGAGAGGACUGGGGAGAUGAAGAGAGUGCUAGUGAUAUUUCAUUCAUCGACAUUAUUGAGGGAGAGGUUAUAUAA